GCCUAAAACUCCUCCAGGCUCCAGCUCCCCUUGGUUGCUCCACUCUCUCAGAGGACAAUGGCGAUAGAUCUGGUUUCCCUCUCUUCUUCUUCUUCUUCUUCUUCCUCGCAUUACAGCCCUCAUCUUCCCAAUCAUAAGCUGCUCCUUGAUCCUUUUCUCGUCACAAGAAUAGAACAUGGUUGGUACUGGCCGUUGAAAAUGAUUUCUCAUUAUCAAUGUUAGUGUGGCGGGUACAGAUGUGAAAUGCAAACGGGGGAAGUUACUUGCAGACAUGGCAGACCCUGGUGAUGAAGUACUCAUUGCAAGGGGUGGUCAAGGAUGGGUUAGAAAUUGACAUUUUAAACCCAAAGAAAGAAAUAUAAUUUGCUCUAUUUUAUAAGCAUGAACCUACAUGCCUAUCUCAAUCUGUAUUUCACAAUUUGAUUUGCUUUAUUUUGCUGGCUAGAUAAAAUUUGCUUGAUUUGGUGGCAGAUUAAUUAGUUUGUUAGAGAUGCCAGAAUGCAGAAAAGGUUGCUGACUUUAACCACAAAUGUGAUUAGUCAUGAUAGUGAUAAGUGCAUAACAGCAGAAGCUUAGAGUGAGUGUCAGAUUAAUAACACUUAUAACAUUAACCAUUUUGUUUGUUUCUCAAAGAUCUGUGAUGAAUAUCCCUUCAACAGUGAAAGGAAAAUUAGGGUAAAGAACAUAGAAUUCCUGUUCUGCAGAAAUAUGAUUCUGAUGCAAUGAAGGAUAAACCUGCUUAGGCGUGGGAUUCCUAAAUCAUUUUCUUGCAUAAGGCAUCAACUAGGCUUUCAUUUUUAACUGAAGAAAGUUUAACUAUUGGAGGUGACAAAGCACCUGUUGAGUUACAAAUGAGUUAUGAAGUUGCAGUUAAUUCAUUGUCCACUGAAGUCGGCAAGGCAUAUAUAUCAUCUUCAGAGAUAUCUCAUGAAGAGAAGGAUAAAAUAAUCGAGGACUAUCCUAGGCCUGCUGCUGUUGAAACAUUAUCUUGCAAAUCUUGGCUCGUCAUGUUUUCUUUCUCAUAACUGUAUACUUGCAACCAAAGCCAAUCAAAACUAUUCUUCAAUGUUGUUUUUAACACCUAGACAUAGCCUAUAGGAUGCUUUCGUAAAUUUACCUUUCUUCCAUUUUCAUGCCUCAAAGAAGGAGGGCACCUUUUCAGUAAAUGAAAUAUUUUUUGGUAGGAUGCAUUGUCUAGUAUAAAUUACGUUAGCUAUAUAGACUACCCGGCUAACUUGUUCACUCAUUCACAAGUAUGCAAUUACAGUUGAAUUUCUGUGCGACAGAUCCGCUGGUACUUUUCUCUGACUCCCAGAUGAAGACAGGAUCAAGGAGUGUUAUGGGUUUCUUGAUUUUAGCGGAUGUCUGAUGUCUUAAUUUCAUGUUUUCUUACUCAGGUAUCAAGGUUAUGAGGUUUAUGAACCAAGAGGUGAGUUGUAAAUGUGUUCGCAACCCCAAUGGCCAAUCUGAUCUGGCUUGGACACUAGUUAGCUUGCUAGAAUUUUUGCCUGGGACAAACUCGAGAAACAAUUUAUGCCUCCUUCUAUUGUGGAGUUACCUCAUUGGCUUCCUCAAGAUGCUUUGAUUAACAGAAACAACAUUGUUGCCCUUGCUUUCUUGUAAGUUCUAAUUUAUCAUCUUAUUUUCCGCAGCUUAUAUUUUUAUCCCGCCCACUAGUAUAGUUUUAUGAUAGCUAGUGGUGUAUUAAGUUAUCAACUUGUAUAUUUUUUAAGCUUCUAGUUUUCUUUAAGACUUGGUCGACAAAACUUCAUAAUCAGGCUUUUCAAGUCAUAUUAGUCAAAAAAAUAUUCAUCAAGGUUAAAUGAUUUUGUAUUCUUAUAUAGAUAUAAAUAUAACUUAUAUGACUAUCGUUCAUUAGGCUAGGUUAUGUGACUGUGCCUUGUAUUGUAAGUUAGAAUCCUCAGGAAAUAUUGGGCAAACAUUAAUCCCAUGAAAUACUUGGCACCUUAGAGUCGUGCCUUAUGAAUGUUGACAUUGUACUUUAGCAUGCCUUAUUUUGUUAAUGUGAAAACUGAAUUAUCUGAAGAUGGUCAUAGUUUACCACCCGAUACCAGGAAUUGAAGUCAGCAAAUUUAGUUGUUAUUUGUUAGACCUAGAUUUACAGUGGCAAACUAAAGCUACUCAAUUAAUCUAGGGCUUUGCGAGAUCAGAGUUAGAACUUAGAAAUGAGAUUUGAUGAAUACCUAAUGUAGAACUUAGAUUGAUCCAGUAUUGUAUGCCUUGAUGGGGCUGCUAUUUUGCAACUUGCAUGGCAUUUCAUUCCCAUCUCAUUCAAGAAAAAGGGCCUUCACAG